UCCCUCUCUUGAGUGUGUUGAAGUCUGUUGUUGAAGGCAGUCAUGUCUGUCAGUUUGCUUUUUGAUCUGUCCAAUGGCAAGGCCACCAUGAUCCCUCCGGUCGCCGCGGCGAGUCCUUCCGGCGAGGCGCUCUUCCCCGCCCUCUCCUCUCAGGAACGGUGGUGCUCGCAAGUGGCCGGCUACGCUGGCUCCACCCGCCAUAUCAGCCACCGGGCCAACAACUUUAAAAGGCACCCCAAGAGGAGGAAACACAUCCGGCCGUCCCCGCCGCCUCCCCCCAACACCCCUUGCCCCAUCGACCGCAUCCAUUUCGGCGAGAUCCACCCGCCGCGGUCCUUCCUGGAACUGCUGUUCAACGGGUGCAUCCUUUUCGGGAUUGAGUUCAGCUACGCCAUGGAGACCGCCUACGUGACGCCCGCCUUGCUCCAGAUGGGGUUGCCGGAUCAGCUUUACGGGAUGGUUUGGUUCAUCAGCCCCAUCCUGGGCUUUUUGCUUCAGCCUUUGCUGGGUGCUUGGAGCGACAGGUGUACUUCACCUUUCGGGAGGAGACGGCCAUUUAUAUUAGUUCUGGCCAUUGGGGCAUUGGCAGGGCUCUCCCUGAUGCUGAACGGCAGGGACAUCGGUCUCUCCUUGACGGACACUGCGAACAACCACAAGUGGGGGAUAGUGCUCACCAUUUGUGGCGUCAUCCUGAUGGACUUCUGCGCAGAUUCGGCAGACAAUCCUAGCCACGCCUACAUGAUGGACAUGUGUAGCCCAUCAGAUCAAGACAGGGGACUAAAUAUUCAUGCCCUCUUAGCAGGUCUCGGAGGUGGCUUCGGCUACGUCGUGGGAGGCAUCAACUGGGACAGGACCCGCUUCGGGAGGGCCGUGGGGGGCCAGCUGCGCGUCAUCUACAUCUUCACCUCCGUCACCUUGACGGCCGCCACCGUCUUGACGCUGAUCAGCAUCCCCGAACGGGCCUUGCCAUCCUAUAACAAGAAGAAAAAAGUGAUGAAAAGCCCCAGCUUGCCACUCCCUCCUUCCCCACCCCUCCUCUUUGAGGACUGUGUGAACGGAAACCUCGCCGCCCCGAACCCGGUGCAUUUGUACACCAGUUUCACCAGCCCCAUUUCUCCCCUCAGCCCCCUCACGCCGAAGUACGGCAGCUUCAUCAGCCGAGACAAUUCCCUGACGGGCCUCAGCGACUUUGCCUCGUCCUUCGGGACGUCCAACAUCGACAGCGUCCUUAUAGACUGUUUCACGGGGGGCCACGAGGGCUACACGGCCCUCCCGGCUAGCCUCCCCAGGCAGGCCACCAGCGUCAGCUUCCCCCGAGCUCCAGAUGGCUUCUACGGCCACGAGACGGCUACCUCGGAAGGGGGCGACCCUUUAGGGUUGCCAAAUGUUGAAGGCUUGCGGGUGGGAUCUUUGGAUGCCAUCAAACCCCGGUCCUCGGGAAUCCUAAAACGGCCCCAGACUUUGGCUAUUCCGGAUAUCAUCACAGGCAACAUUCCCGAAAGCAGCCGGAGAAGGAAUGUCACCUUCAGCCAACAGGUCGCCAACAUUCUGCUGAACGGGGUGAAGUACGAGAGCGAACUGAACGGAUCCGGCGAACUCUCUGAGCAGCCGCUCUCGAUGAAGCUGCUGUGUUCCACCAUCUGCCACAUGCCGAAAGCCCUGCGCAACCUCUGCAUUAACCAUUUCCUUGGCUGGCUCUCCUUCGAGGGAAUGCUUCUGUUCUACACCGACUUUAUGGGAGAGGUGGUGUUCCAGGGUGACCCAAAGGCCCCCCACGAGUCGGAAGAGUAUCAGAAAUACAAUGCCGGUGUGACCAUGGGCUGCUGGGGCAUGUGCAUCUAUGCAUUUAGUGCUGCACUUUAUUCAGCCUCCCUCGAAAAACUGGAGGAAUACUUCAGCAUCCGUACGCUGUAUUUUAUAGCGUAUCUUGCCUUUGGACUCGGGACGGGUUUAGCAACUUUGUCCAGAAAUAUCUACGUGAUUUUGUCACUCUGCGUGACAUACGGGAUUCUGUUUUCAACGCUUUGCACACUUCCAUAUUCUCUUUUGUGCGACUACUACCAGAGCAAGAAGUUCGCAGGAUCCACUGAAGACGGCACCAAGAGGGGAAUGGGUGUUGACAUUUCCCUCCUCAGCUGCCAGUACUUCCUGGCCCAGAUCCUCGUCUCCGUGGUGAUGGGGCCUUUAACGGCGGCCGUGGGCAGCGCCAACGGGGUGAUGUACUUUGCCAGCGUGACAUCUUUCCUGGGCUGCUUGUAUUCCUCCCUCUGCAUUGUCUAUGAGAUCACGCCGAACGAGGAGCUGCCGGAGGAGGAGCAGCCUCUGAUGCUGAGCGCAUGACGUUGGGGUUCGUGGCCAUCCCGGCCAGUGUGCCAGUCCUUUCGCCACGGUGCUGCUGUGGAAGAGACAAUUUUAAAAAACAAGGGAUCUGCACGGACAUUGGCAUCUAAUUAAAAAAAUGGAA